CUAAAUAAAUAUGUUCAAUCAGCAUAUAAUUCCUCCGAUUUCAAGUACGCCUAAAAUUGGGAGGAAUAGCAAUAUGAAUCAGACCGGACCUCAGAGGAGAACUCAGAGUACUUUUGGGAUGCGGACUGGAAAUCUAUCAACGGCUUCAAAUGAAUUCUUGGUAAUCAGUAAAGUGAAGCAAAAAGCAGAGGCGAAAAAGUUCCUUGAAACACUUAAAAACUCUAAAGAUAACAACCCCGGCAUCAAAGAAGUCCCACAUGAUACAUAUCUCAUGAAAAUACGGUAUGACCGUGAAGGAAAACCAAUCCAGCGAACCAUUGUUGGAACAAUGGACCAAUACGAAAAGCCUAAAAAGAAGAGGCAAGAGCGAGGAUUUUCUCUCAAAAGAAUUAGAGAUGAAUUCAUCGUGAAACCUCUGAUAAAGCCACAAGUUUUAAAUAAAAUGAAAUAUAUGAAUUCUAAAGUGACUUUUGAUCCUACUUUUGGACAGAAGAAGUCUCAAAGUUCUCUCAUAGAUGAGAGAUUUAAGACAAUUACAGUCCCUAAGGGAGGAGAUAAAUUCAAAACAGUCUAUGGGAAGAAAUUCACAAAUCAAGAUCUUGACAACUUCAUAAAUGAUUACAAAAAUAGAAAGCCUGAAGAAGAAGACCUUUCUGAACUAUAUUCAAGCGUUUUCCAUACUUCUCUGAGUUCCAUAGAAAGUUUGAAAAAUGCUCCCAAAGAGUUCCUCCACUGGAAGGACAAAGACAGCAGGUUCUUGAGGAAUUACGAAACACAGAGGAAAAAUUGGAAGUAAAAAGACUAUUUCCUUAGGUAAGAAAAUUAAAGCAAAGUCCCCAUGAGAAAGCCUCAUGAGAAAAUCAGAUACUUUUGCUGAAGAGCAACUUAUCAAAACUGGAGGUCUCGAAACUGAGAAGAAUUAUUAUAAAAGUAUGAAUAACUGGUAUGCAAGUCUACGGAAGAGCAAUAAGGAAGAAACCAGACAUAGUAAUUUCAUCCAAAAAGCUAAAGGUCGAGAUCCGAUAUAUGUUCAUGAGACCUGCCAUUUCAGGGACCUGAAUAUAAUCAAGAGGCCAAAGGAGUUAGAUCUCUUUGAAGAACAUGAAUCCCUGCCUCGGUGUUACAAACAUAUGAAUAUCAAUAAUCAAUCCAUAAAGACUUUAGAAAGAAUCAACUCAGUCGGAAAGCUAAUGGUGCAAGGAUUUAACAAAUUUGAUAGAGAAAUGGAGUAUGUUAAGAGGAUUCCUGAAGAAGAGCGGUUCAUUGUUGAUAACUUUGUUCAUGAGAAUACGGCUGAAGAGCAGUAAAGUUCUGGAAUAAUUGAAUAGUUU